AUGGAGGCAAAGAGGAAGAACGAAAACAAGAAGGACACCAACACGCAGACGGAUGUUCGCAUCAGCAACAUCACCUCCGCUAAGGCGGUGGCGGACUGCGUGCGCACUUCCCUCGGCCCACGCGGCAUGGACAAGAUGAUCAUUGAGCCACGCGGUGAGGUGGUCAUCAGCAACGACGGCGCCACCAUUCUGUCGAAGCUGCAGGUGACGCACCCGUGCGCUAAGAUGCUUGUGGAGCUCUCCAAGGCGCAGGACGUGGAGGCGGGCGACGGCACGACAAGCGUCGUGGUGCUCUGCGGCGCCUUCCUGCGCGCGGUGGAGGAGCUGCUGCUGAAGGGCAUCCACCCCACGCAGAUCUCGGAGUGCUUCAAUGAGUGCGCUAAGGUGGCGGAGCGCAUCCUCGAGGACAUGAGCAUCAAGAUUCAGAUCGAGGACCGCGAGACGCUCAUCAAGGCGGCCAUCACCUCCCUUAACUCUAAGGUAAUCUCGCAGAACAGCGACCUGCUAGCCCCGAUGGCGGUGGAUGCCGUGCGGCGGAUCAUGCGUGACAACGGCGAUGUUGACUUGCGCGAUGUGCGCAUCGUCACGGCGCUGGGCGGCACCGUAGACGACUCGGUGCUGCUCACGAACGGCAUGGUCUUCAAGCAGAAGGCAUCGCAUGUAGCGGGGGGGCCGGUGCGCAUUGCUAACGCGAAGAUAGCUCUCAUCCAGUUCCAGCUCUCUCCCCCGAAGACAGACAUGGAGAGCACUGUGACGAUCACAGACUACAGCCAAAUGGACCGCGCGCUGAAGGAGGAGCGCAAGUAUCUGCUGAAUCUCUGUAAGAAGAUCAAGGACGCGGGCGUGAAUGUACUGCUGGUUCAGAAGUCCAUCCUCCGCGACGCCGUGACCGUGCAGAGUCUCGAUUUCCUUGCCAAGAUGAAGAUCAUGGUGGUGAAGGACAUCGAGCGCAACGACAUUGACUUCAUCACCAAGACGCUCGGGUGUCUCCCCGUGGCGAACAUAGACAACCUGAAGCCGGAGAAGUUUGGCCACGCCGACCUCGUCAUGGAGGAGAACACGCCAAACGGCAAGAUUAUCCGCAUCACUGGGGUGCAGACGCCGACGGAGUCGAUCAGCCGCCAGCUCUUUGGCAAGACUGUUACCUUCUUCCUCCGUGGGAGCAACAGCAUGAUGCUGGAGGAGGCGGAGCGUGCCCUCCACGACUCGCUGUGCGUGAUCCGCUCAAUUGUAAAGAAGCGCGCCAUCAUGCCGGGUGGUGCGGCCGGCGAGACGGAAGUGUGCCUGCAGCUCGGCAAGUACGCGCGCGAGCGGGCGCAGGGCACUCAGACGUUCUGCAUGCGCGCGUUUGCGGAUGCCUUUGAGGUGAUUCCCUACACCCUUGCGGAGAACGCGGGUCUGCAGCCCAUCUCCAUUGUGACGGAGCUCCGCAACGCGCACGCCAGCGGUAACAAGAACGCGGGCGUCAAUGUGCGGAAGGGCUGCGUGACGGACAUGGUGGAGGAGAAUGUGGUGCAGCCGCUGCUUGUGUCCACCUCGGCGGUGCGACUGGCGGCGGAGUGCGUGAUGAUGAUCCUGAAGAUCGACGACAUCAUCAUGACCCGCGCGUAA